AACACACCUGAAGGUCAUUAAACGGCUUUAAUCGACGUGAACGUGCCGCGUUCACGUCGGUAGGUGUUGCGGAAAAUUCUAGAAGCUGAACAUUCUUGUGCCAAGCUCGGGUCACGCAGUGCGCAUGCGCAGACCAUUUCACGUGGAGAGAUUCCCCUCAGUGUGUCAGAGACAGAAAACCGGGCUGCAGCAGCUUCACGUCGACCCUCAGACCGCUCACACAUCCAGACAUGGCCUUCAGGAGAUUCCUGCCGCUGUUCGACCGCGUGCUGGUGGAGCGUUUCACCGCCGAGACGGUGACGAAGGGCGGCAUCAUGCUGCCGGAGAAGGCGCAGGGCAAAGUGGUGCAGGCCACGGUGGUGGCGGUCGGACCCGGCGCCGUCAACCAGAAGGGGAACCUGCUCCCGGUCAGCGUGAAGGUCGGAGAGAAAGUCCUGCUGCCGGAGUACGGAGGAACUAAAGUCAACCUGGACGACAAGGAUUAUUUCUUGUUCCGUGACGGAGACAUCCUCGGAAAAUACGUGGAUUGAGUCUUGGUAGUUUUGUUGCUGUAGAUCGUUUCAAGUCAUCUUUCCCCAGAGAGAAGAAAUAAGUCGCCUCUUUCAUGUCUGUUUCUUUUUUUUUUUCUUCUUUUUUUAUGUUAUUGAAAUUGUAAAUAAUUCUAAUCACAUUUGGUUACAAUAAUAAAGGUGUAAUAAAACA